CUUCCAAAUUUAUACAAAACGUGUGGAAUAAUCGAGAAGUAAGCGAGAGAGAAAAUUCAACCCUCGGUGAUGACGGAAUCAACGUCCGUGAUUGCUCACCCGCCGGAGAUGCCUGAUCUGAACCCUAAUAUGCAAUCGAAUCCCGAUAUGAUCCCUAUUCCGCCGCUAGAUCCUCUUUUCCUAUCUGCUUCCGAUCCGAUUUCGAUGGAGCACCCGAUCUCCGAUCUCGACUUCUUACUCGACGAUGAGAACGGAGAUUUUGCGGAUUUCGAUUUCCCAUUUGAUGAUUCCGAUGAUUUCUUUAACUUUACCUUCGACGCGGCGGAGGAGCUUGGGAGCUCUGGAGAUCAGAGCCCAGAAGCGAUCGGGAACCAUGCGAGUUUGGAUUCAUCGGAAAACAGGAACGGCGAUAGAGGCUCAGAAGGGAGAUCUGAUUCUGUUCAUUCUCAGGUGUCAUCUCAAGGCUCCAAGACUUUUGUUUCCGGUGCUUGCGACACCGUCGACGUGUUAUCCUCCCCUGAUUCGAGCAAUCUAGGGAUUCACCAGAAAUCCUCUGUCAGCAAGAGGAAGAAGGAAAAGGGAGACUCCGGAGGCGAAUACAGGAGCUCCAAGUACCAAAAGUCAGAUGGUAAAUCAACCGCUGCAAUUGAAGAGGAUGAUGACAAGAAGAAGACGAAGAUGAUUAGGAACCGUGAAAGCGCUCAGCUUUCGAGGUUGAGGAAGAAGCAAUACCUUGAGGAGCUUCAAGGAAGAGUGAAGAGUAUGAAUUCCACCAUUGCCGAAUUGAAUGGUAAGAUUUCAUUUGUUAUGGCCGAGAAUGCAGCGCUAAGGCAGCAGAUGGCUGCUGCUUCUGGUGCUCCUCCUAUGAAUCCUUAUAUGGCUGCACCACCAUUACCUUAUCAAUGGAUGCCGUAUCCGCCGUAUCCAGUUAGAGCUUAUGGAUCACAGACUCCAUUGGUUCCCAUUCCUAAACUGAAUCCUAAGCCUGUCUCGGGUUGUAGGCCUAAGAAGGCAGAGAGUAAGAAGAUUGAGGGCAAAAGCAAGCUCAAGAAAGUUGCUAGUAUUAGUUUUAUUGGAAUUUUGUUCUUCAUCUUCUUGUUUGGUACGUUGGUUCCGUUUAUGAAUGUAAACAAUGGUGGAGAUAGCGGAAGCUUUGGCGGUUUGACUAAUUAUGAGGGUCGUCGGUAUUAUGAAGAACAUAAGGGGAAGGUUCUAAUGGUAGGAGAUGGAUCUGAAGGAAAUAUCCAUUCUAGUAGGAGGAGUCAUGGUGAGAGAGAGAGUUGUGGAGGAGUAGAUUAUAGUGCUCAUCCCAAAGUAGAAGGACGACCAAGUUCAUUGUGCAAUGCCAGUGAGCCUCUUUUUGCUUCUCUCUAUGUCCCAAGAAACGAUGGGCUUGUGAAGAUCGACGGGAACUUAAUAAUUCAUUCUGUUUUGGCGAGCGAGAAAGCUACGGCUUUCGCGAAGAUGAACAACUCUGAAACCAUAAAAAGCAAAGAACACGAAUUGACAAUUCCGGGUGUCCUGUCUUCUGCAUUAGCUGUCCCUGAAGUUAGAGGAAAUGGGGCAAUGCUUCCACAUUCCAAGGCCCUCUCUUCUGGCUCGGCCGAGGGGAAAAGACUUCACCAGUGGUUUCAUGAAGGUGGCUCAGGGACGCUAAUGGAUUACAGCAUGUGCACCGAGGUUUUCCAGUUUGAUAUUGCUCCUGGUGCUAUAGUCCCAUCAUCAGUCUCCAACAUUACACGGGAGCAUCUUCAAAAUGUCACCACCCACGACAAGAGAAUGAAGAACAGGAGAAUUCUCGAGGGGCUUCCGGUUUCACUUGUGGCUUCUGAGCUGAACAUCACCGAAGCCCAGCCGACCAAAGACGCUCAAAACAAGAGCUUCCAUGGGAACACUAACAACAAACCCAAGUCAUCAUCCUCCAUGGUUGUCUCCGUGUUGCUUGAUCCAAGAGAGAUCGUUGACUCUGAAACCGACAGAGUCAUGCCCUCAAACCCGAAGUCACUUUCUCGGAUCUUCGUGGUGGUGCUUCUCGACAGUGUCAAGUACGUUACCUACUCAUGCGUUCUUCCCCGGUCGGGUCUCCAUCUCGUGGCCACCUGAUCGGACUAGUUCGUUUUUUACUCAUCUUGACCCAAAUUAGACGAACAUUGACUUGUUUAUACAUACAGUACAGACGUUAUGACUUUUUUCCCCGUGAUGUAAACUCAAUGUUUUAAGGUUUUGUAUUUUAAUUUUAAUUUAACCAUAA